AUGCCUGGUUUACCGGCGAGUAUCGAUCUAGAUGAGUGCAUCGAGAGACUCUAUCGCAAAGAGUUACUGGCAGACUCCGUUAUCGAGGCAAUAUGCGCCAAAGCGAAGGAGUUGUUGAUGAAGGAGAGCAAUGUUGUGCACAUCGCGGCUCCGGUGACGGUCGUCGGAGACAUCCACGGACAGUUUUUUGAUAUGAUUGAGAUUUUCAAGAUCGGCGGGUUCUGUCCGAAUACGAAUUAUUUGUUUUUAGGCGACUACGUCGACCGGGGCCUCUUCAGCGUGGAGACGAUCUCGCUGCUGGUGUGCCUGAAGCUGCGGUACCCGCAGCGCGUGCACCUGAUCCGGGGCAACCACGAGUCGCGCGGGGUGACGCAGUCGUACGGGUUCUACACGGAGUGCGCGCGCAAGUACGGCAACGCGAACGUGUGGCACUACUUCACGGACAUGUUCGACUUCCUGACGCUGAGCGUGGUGAUCAACGACCAGAUCUUCUGCGUGCACGGCGGGCUGUCGCCCUCGAUCCACUCGAUCGACCAGAUCAAGAUCAUCGACCGCUUCCGCGAGAUCCCCCACGAGGGGCCCAUGGCCGACCUCGUCUGGUCCGACCCGGACACCGAGCGCGACGAGUUCUCCCUCUCCCCGCGCGGCGCCGGCUACACCUUCGGCGCCCAGGUCGUGCGCAAGUUCCUCGAGGUCAACAGCAUGUCCCACAUCCUGCGCGCCCACCAGCUCUGCCAGGAGGGGUACCAGGUGCUCUACGACGACCGCCUCAGCACCGUCUGGAGCGCCCCCAAUUACUGCUACCGCUGCGGCAACCUGGCCAGCGUGCUCGAGGUCAGCGAUACCGGCGAGCGCUACUUCAACAUCUUCGACGCCGCGCCCGAGAACGACAUCCACCGCGGCGAGCAGCAGGCGCAGCAGAAUAAGGACGGCCAGAGCCCCGUAAUUGAUUACUUUCUGUGA